CAUAAUUAUAUUUAUAUUUAUAUUUAUAAUCGCUAUAAAUCUCAUCUCACCAUUCACUGAAACCCUAGUUGCCGCCGCAUCUCCGUGUUUUACAGGUACAUCGGCUAUUGGAGUAGCUUCAGUCAACAAUGGCGCCUAAAGCUGAUACAACAAAGAAAGGUGAUGGAAAGGCCCAGGCUUUGAAGGCAGCCAAAGCCGUGAAGACAGGAUCAACUUUCAAGAAGAAGGCCAAGAAGAUCCGAACCAAGGUCACCUUUCACCGCCCAAGGACUUUGAAGACCGACAGGAACCCUAAGUAUCCCCGCAUCAGUGCUCCACCAAGAAACAAGUUGGAUCAUUACCAGAUUCUUAAGUAUCCGUUGACUACCGAAUCUGCAAUGAAGAAGAUCGAAGACAACAACACUCUUGUUUUCAUUGUCGACAUUCGUGCCGACAAGAAGAAGAUCAAAGCUGCCGUCAAGAAGAUGUACGACAUCCAGACAAAGAAAGUCAACACCUUAAUCAGACCUGAUGGAACGAAAAAGGCUUACGUCCGGUUGACUCCAGAUUAUGAUGCUUUGGAUGUUGCAAACAAGAUUGGAAUCAUCUAAAUUCUAAAGUGAUGUUUUUGCUGCUUCAGUUGUUAUUUUCAAACGUUAUUGUUAGUUUUGUCGACUUGAAUAGAGUUUCAAAUUUCUUGUGUUUUUUUUAUUAUGGAUUUAAAUAUGCGAAUGAAUCAUAUUUCAAUUUUUGGGUGCUUUUUUA